GCCAAUGGGAGGCGCUGGUGGCCGGGGCAGUGAGUUGUCAGUCCAACUCGGGGAUGGAGCGGAGCGGGGAGACAGGUUCGCUGGGGCUGCCCCGGGCCUUUCUGCUCAGUCUGCGGACUCUAUUCGAUAUCCUGGAUGAGCGGGGAAGGGGCUCGGUGCACAUCGCGGAGAUAGAGAGUCGCUGGCGGGGAGCGGACACUCACGAUGUUCCCCCGGGGGUAUUGCAGUGUCUGCGCAGGGUCGCGCCCCCGGAUGGAUUUCUCACCUUCGAUCGCUUCGUGCUGGGGCUCCGCUCGUCUAUUCUCCGGCCUCUCCCGGGACCCAACGCUGACAACUACCGGGAACCUCCGGGACAAACCGCCGGCAAUGAGUGUGGGGCCAAACGUCCUCCUCUCGGACUGCGCUACCCCAAUGUACUGCCCGGUGGGGAGAUGAAGGGGAUGUGCCGGUCCCACAAUGAGGCCACCAAAGAGGGGCUAAUGGACCAGUGCAAACACCAGCGUGGCCGGGGGGAGCCCAGGAGACACACCGUUACCAGUGGGGUAGAUUACAGCUUGCUGAAGAAGAUGAAGGAGCUCGAGCAAGAGAAGGAUUUCCUCCUGCAGGGGCUGGAGAUGGUGGAAAGAGCACGAGACUGGUACCACCAGCAGAUCCACAUAGUCCAGGAGCAACAGAGGAACCUUGGCAAAACUCCAACAGAUUAUAUCUGUGAUGGAAAGUCCAGUUCCCUAAACCAACAACUCCCUAAAUUAAUGGAGGUAAAUCGCUGCCUGGGGGAAUUGGUUGCCACUGGGAAGACUAGCGCUCCCUCCCCACCUACAAACAUGGGUCAGACGGCGGCUCCGGGUGUAUCGGGUCAGCAAGUACAACCGGGGACUAUGCUGAAGGAACAGAACCGGCUUCUGACCAAGGAGGUGUCGGAGAAGAGCGACCGGAUCACCCAACUGGAGCAGGAGAAGUCGGCUCUGAUCAAGCAGCUGUUUGAGGCCCGAGCGAGAAACGUCCAGGAUUCAAACCCAAUGGACUCCACGUUCAUAUGAACUGGGACUGGUGGAAAGCACUGUGACUUCUGAUUGGUUGUUGAGCAGCUGCUUUAGUGAUUGGCUCACUACACUCCCAUGAUGCACAGCUUGACUCCACCGAUGUCCCUCUCCUUCCCACAACAUUGGUCCCAUGCGGGUUACAUUCAGCGCUACAUCCAGAGCCUUCCUUGCACCACCAUCACACUCCUCUUUGUUCUCCCGACUGGACCUCAUGUUUGCCCUUUUUGACGACUGAAAUUCUGUAUCCGCACAAACUGUCACCUCACAAGGCCGUUCUAACAAUAUGGAGUGUUUUUAUAUAAUGUUUACACUUGGACUUGUCUUUUUAAUCAGAUGAAUCUCCAAUAUUAAACCGUUAAAGAAA